AUGUUGUGCAAAAGGCCACGGCAUUGGAGGCGGUACACCUGCGAGAGAUCCACGAUUCAGUGCAACAGUGGCGCGUACCUUUGGUCUUUUGGUUAUGGUGUCCCUAUCGUGUCACCAGCCAAUGAUCCACCCUUCAUGAUCAUUAUUAUUCCCCCUGGCCAGAAAAUAAUAUCACCAGGACAAAGAGCAAAGUGUGUGAUAGAGUGUCUAUGUUACGAUGAUUGCGGAUCGUACACGAAAACAACUCACUGCGGGUUCCAUGCAUUGAAGACAUACCGAGAUCUGAUCCCUAGAGAAGAAUGGCAGAGCUCAACGUUGCAGUUCCUUCGGGGUUCCAAUCCAAAGGAUCAAUCUCGACUGAUGAAGACUAACCUGGGCGUGAAUACAGCACGAGAUAUUGUUAAGUCAAUGCAGGAGCGUAUCUCAACUCCACUUGGGGAGCAGGCCACUACCAACAUAAAGUUCACAGGUAAAAGCGGUAGAACUUCAGGAAUAUCCAUAAGAUUGAACGAGGCCAAGAUAAUGGCAGCAGAAGUAAGACAUACAUCGCACCACAAAUCGCUAGAGGCGGUCAUGCACUACGCUAUCACAACAACAGACUCCAAGGAACUAACCUCGAGAGUGUUCAAUCAGAUGUUGAACAACAGCGCCGCGCAGGCGCAGCAACCGAAACCAGUCCCCUGA